UUAAAAAUUACGAUUAGCAUAAAAUCACUAAUAUGUAAUUCUAACAAAAUAUAAUAAUGUAGUGCUGUAAAUUCUAGAAUAUUUUUUGAUAACACAAUUUAAGCUUAUUAAACCCUUAAAUUUCAAAGGCUAUAAUGUUAUAUGUUAUAUAAAGUUGUUUUCGUGAGAUGAAUGUGAUAUACAUUAAUUAUUAAACAAUAAUUAUAAUAUAUCGACUAACCAUUUUAAACAAAUCUUAGCUAUAACUUUAAUUUAUGCUUCUUUCAAACUUGUUUCUUUCUGACAUGAUUUUAUCUCAUAAUUAUAAUCAUGAGUUCAAUAAGUCACAUAUAUUGAUUGCAAUACAAAGUAAACAUAUGAAAUUGUUACAGAGUGUAUUACCGGAUCAACGUUAAAUCAGUGAUGAAUUUUACUUGAUGACAGAAAACACGAUACGGAUAUAACUUGAAAUAUUAUUUUCACGAAUGAGUUAAUUUUCUAUAUUUUCCUUUUUAUUAUAAUGGAAAUCGUAGAUAAAAUGUGUUUAUUUUUAAUUGCAUUGGGCUUCUUUUUAACAUUCAUACAACCUACAAGUGGUGAAGAAAAAGCAAAUACUUGCUUAGCCCCUCCCGAGCCUAAGAAUGGUAUUCGGAAAUUACGUAAUUUAGAAACUUAUGCACUUAGUGAUGUACAAGAAGGUGCAGAAUUACCUAUUGGAUCCUCUUUGGAAUACGAAUGUAAUCCGGGCUCCCAAAUUUGGGGUUCUAGUCCUGUAAUAUGUGGAUCAAAUGGAAAUUGGAAUAAUAUUCCAGUUUGUAAAAAAAUACUUUGCAAAUCACUGGUUUCAAGAUCAGUUGACGCUGUUUGUACAUUGAAUGGUAAAAUUGUAUCUUGCAAGUCUCCUAUUUUGCAUGGAACAUUAGCAGUAUUGAGUUGUCGAUAUGGUUUUUACGAAGAUGAACAUGAUUUGUCAACACGAAGUAAUCAGGUUAAAUGUAACGAAAGAGGCAAAUGGGAACCAGAACCAAUGCAAUGUUUAUCAGCUUGUGGUGUUGUUCAACACAAUAUACAACCACUCACUAUAAUAAAAGUCCCUCGGACCGAAAACUCCGAUUUUCCAUGGCAUGCUUCUUUAUAUGAACAAAAAACUCCAAACGGAUCGAAGGAUUUCAUUUGCGGAGCAACAAUAAUAACAGAAAAAUUACUUCUUACUGCAGCGCAUUGCGUUUACAAUGAAACGAACCGAAGGACACAGAAUCCCGAUAAAUAUUACGUAGCUGCUGGAAACACUAAUCGUGAUUAUGAUUAUAAUCAGCAAUUAGUUGAAAAGUCUAAAGUGAAAAACAUUUACAUUAAUAAAGCAUAUUUCGGAUACGAAGGAAAUUUAGCUGGGGAUAUCGCCAUUUUGGAAAUCGAAACGCCAUUUACAUUUUCACCAUUGUUAUUACCGGUGUGUUGGGACGAUACUAUUAUUGAUUCUGGAUUAGGGAAAAUGGCAGGAUUUCGUAGAACAAUUUCCGGAGAAAAUAGUUUUGCUUUACAAUCUGCAACAUUUCCUUAUGUUCGUCUAGAUCAAUGCAAAUCUUUAGAUAAUUCAAUUGAAUCUGAAAGAUACAAGACGAAGGAUAAAUUUUGCGUUGGCUAUACGAAUGGUUAGUAACGAAUCAAAAUGUAUAUAUUGAAAUAAAACAUUGAUAAUGUACAUAAUUGAUAGCUGUCAAUUGACAUCUUUAUUUAAGGAACAUCUGUCUGCAAAGGUGAUGACGGAGAGGGACUAGUAUUUAAAACUUCUGGUUUUUGGUAUAUAAGAGGUAUCUUUAG